GGUUUAGUUUUUCAUUCUUCGCCACUUUUAGGUUCCGUCUUUCGUCACAACAUAGAAAAUGUUCCAUCAAACAACUAUAGUAUUAGAACUUUAUCCAGGAUUUUCAAUGGCUCAAAUGGAAAUCCUAAUUUGGUUCAUCAGUCACUUGUUCGACCAUUAAUAUUACCAUAUUUUGAAAAGAUUUUUCCAAAUGCUUUUAAUAAUUCUGUUCGUCUGAAGUCUGUAUACAAAUACAAGAUGAAAAGUCAUUCUGGUACCAAAAAAAGGUGGAGAGUUACUGGUCGUGGAAAAUUCAAACGUGCUAGAUCAGGUAAAGCACAUCUUAAUACAGGGGUUCCACGAGCACGUUUAGUUCGUCUGG